GCCACCGUCAAAUUGGUGAUACCUAUAAGGCAGCAACAUUCCCGUGAUAUAAUCUCACCACACCCAUCUCACCUCACCACCAAUUCAUCUCACCCACGCCAACGAAACCCACUGGGGAAAAUAAGAACCUACAACAAAACCAUCAAAUUGCGGAUCAACAUGUCCAGCAAAAUAGCAUCAACCACCCUCUCCACCCCAACCACAACCUCCUCCCCCAACAUCACCCGCUCAACCAUAACAACCUGCACCUUCCAGUCCCUCAGCUCAUCCGACCGCAUCCACCGCAGCGACCUCUCCACCGUGGACCUAACCAACCCACCACCACCCCUCGACCCAAAAGACAAAGACAAGGCGAAGAAAUCGAAGAAACCGCCCGCUGUGACCGUCUCCCGCACCAAAGCAUCCAACUCCACGCUUACCCGCUCCUCCGCCCGCCGCUGCACCCUUGCUGACAGCGAGCUGGUCGACGUCCCUGCGGCCCGGUCCGUCGUCGCGGACAGCUCCACCCUGCGCGACGUGCCAUCUAUUCGGCGCACUAGUGCUGAGAAGAGUCUCGUUGAGAAGAGCUCGCUUGCGAGGUGCGGGGUGAAGGACUCGACUGUGUCGGAGAGUGUGGUCUGCAGGAGCACGCUGGAUAAAGUGCGUCUUUUGCGCUGUAAGGUCAAACGCACGACGUUGGUGGAGUGCGAUGUUGAGGAUUGUGAGAUCUUUCGAACGGAGUUUAAGGGCAUGCGCUUGAGGAAUGGCGUGUGGAAGAAGGGGAGGCUGAUUGGGAAGGUCGCGGAGGGGGAGGUUAUUGCUAUUGGUGUGCAUGGGGAGAAACUCGAUAUACCCAGCGACAUUCCCCUCGCGACAGACCCCAAAGUCCAGGCCAUGAUCAAGGAAGAGCCUGGCAGUACCACUGAAGAAGAUCCCUCAGACGAGGACAGUGUGGAUUUGGCACCGCCACCGUACUCUUCGUCGAUGGCGCCGGAUGGCUUCAUCAUGGGCGACCGCAAGGUGCAGCACUAGUGGUGAUGUUUACAAAAAAAUGAUUGUUCAACUUACGAUUUAUGAUGUUUGUUGUUUGGAGUCAUACUGCUGAUCAGCUCCACUUUUUUUUCUAUUUUCACUUGUACAUAAUUAUUCAUCAUC